AUGAGUGGUUUUCGUGUCGGUAUCCUUGAUAUUGACUUCUGUGGACCAUCUACACCCCGGAUGCUUGGUUUGGAAAGCAAUAAGAUACAUUCGUGUGCGGAAGGAUGGUUACCUGUUUACGCUGAUGGAGACACAAAACGCUUACCCGUAGUAUCAAUCGGUUUUCUGUUAGAUAAUACGGAUUCUGCAGUUAUAUGGCGUGGACCGCGCAAGGGAAGUAUGGUAGGGGAGCUUCUGAAUUCUGUUUGUUGGGGAAAUCUUGAUUUUCUGAUCAUCGAUACUCCACCUGGGACAUCAGAUGAGCAUAUAACUGUUCUCGAACAACUACAAAAGUCCACCCUUGAUGCAAGUGUUGGAACCAUUAUUGUAUCAACUCCUCAGAGAGUUUCUUUAUGCGAUGUGCGCCGAGAAAUUGGUUUUUGUAACAAGACAAACCUUAAGAUAAUUGGUUUAGUCGAAAAUAUGAGUGGAUAUACAUGUCCGAAUUGUGCCCAUUGUACAAAUGUGUUUUCAUCCGGAGGCGCUGAAGCAUUGGCUUUGGAGAAACACGUCGAAUUUUUGGGUCGUUUGUCUCUAGACCCCGCGUUAACCGCUGUUUGUGAUUGUGCUGGAAAUUUCCAAUCCAAACUUUACAUGAAUGAAGACACUAGAAGCCUUACUAAAAAACUACUGACAAUUUUAGAUAUCGGAGUUUGA